AUGACACGCCUCUUCUGGAUUGGGCUUUGGAGCCUGAUCAAGCUGUCAGAAGCAAAUGUUUUGCCAAAUUGUUUAGUAGCAAAGGAGGAGUCACUUCUUCCCUCAGCCAACAAGACUAUGUUUGGAAGAGGCCAAGAUCUACGAGGUGGUGAUUUCAAUAUGAGUAAACUCAACACAGCAGUCCUUCCAACUCUAUUCUUGAAUAUUUCACAUCAUAUUAGUAGUGAACAUGAGCGUAUCCUGGACUUUAUAAUAUGUGUAUUAAGAGACCACAUACUUGCUCGUUUUAUUAUCUCCACCUUCAUGGUGGAGCUGUUUGGAAACAUAAUGAUUUUCUUCUUCCUUCUCUUCCAUUUUAAGAAGAAUUCCUGGACCGCUUACAUCUGGAACUUAGCUGUGGCUGAUUUUGGUGUCCUUACAUUUUUGUGCAGCGUCUGUCUAGUUGCCUUCAUUAAUUAUAUUUGUGAGGAUUCAAGUGAUGCCUUUGUUAAAUUGUUCCUACCACUUGCAUACCUGUUUUUCUUCAUGCAAUGUUCUAGCAUGCAUUUCCUUGUGGCUAUCAGUAUUGAUUGGUGUUUGGCUGUCAUUUGCCCAAGUUGGCACAAACGUCAUCAGCCAGAUAUCUUGUCCCCUGUCAUAUCUGCCAUUUUGUCUGUCCUUCUAUGGCCUCUGACUUGCCAGCUAUUGUGGCUUUUCAGUUUGGGCAUUGACACACGGACACUAAUUGUCAUAUCCUUGAUGGUUUUUGUUCCACUCAUGGUCAUCUCCAAUCAAACCCUGGUCAUCAAGAUUUGGUGUAGUUUACAUCAGAAAGGAAAGCUUCAUACAGAAAUUUUACUUGGAACACUUUUCUCCCUUGUGACUUGGGUGCCCAUACAAAAAGUGUACUAUGAGCAGCCUGUAGUGCUGCAAGGUGGCAACCCCUAG